UGCUGGUAAGUGACUGCAUUUUUCACGUAAGUCGAUCAAGUUUCAUCGAGUUGGGCUUAAAUUAACUUGUAUUAUGUUUUAGGUUCUUCAAGAAUGGAAAAAGUUGUAAAUUUGGAAAUUCAGAGUAUUAUUUUUUUUUCCAUUAAAGGUUUGUAUCAGUAAAGUGAACCAAAUUAUAAAUGGAGUUAUGAUUUCUAUGUCUAAGUGAAUAAAAACGUAUUUAUUUUCUAGUUUCUGAAAUUACUUGAUAACGUCAAGUUUUUAAACUACUGGCUUAAAGAUAGAUACAGUCGUUACGAUUAUCAUGGUUCAUAAAUACUUUUACUGCAUUCACGAUUUUUGCGUGUCAAUAGGCCAAGAUUACACAACCUAUGGUCAGCACACUUUGGUGAUGCAAAAGAAAUACGCGUGCUUGAGGUGCGGAAAGUCGUACAGGCAUCAAUCGAAUCUGAGCAGACACAAGAACAAAGAGUGUGGCAAAGAGAAAAAGUUCGUAUGUCAGCUAUGCUCUUACAGAUCCUUUCAGAAAAUUCACUUAAUGGGACACAUGUAUCGGAAACAUCUGUUCUGAAGUAUUUGUAUUAUUCUUUCUUCUUCUUCAGGUUUGCU